AUGGUCCAGACAUACGUUCCAGAACUCUACGAGGAUGACGCCCACUCCGUGAUUGACAUCCGAAGCGACAGUCUCCAAUCCCUCCGCGAGCUAGGCCCCCCAGACCUCGUUCAUCUCACCCGACAAGGCACAAAGUCAUCGACGAAGCAGAUAGGCGUAUACCAUCACGUUACCGGCGUUGACGCAUCAUCGUCCGCCAGUCUCGCCGCAUACAUCAACACCCUCACCCACACCCCAAACGAGAGGCAGCUGAAGGUCACAUCUGGCCUGUACUGCUGCUACAAUGCCUUUUCCCGCGUUGACAUGCGAGUUGGCGUGCAAAUACCCGGCACGGUAGAAUCGUAUUGUGUGGACGAACGAGGUCACAAGCUGGAAGCUACGGAAGAGCAUUGGCUGGAAACAUAUCUCUGCUGCGUGCUGCGCGCGUACAGCUACGCUGACAAUGGAAGCGGCGAUGCGAUCAAGCGAAUAGCUGGCGUGAGGCGAUUCAAUCCGAUCACGAGCACGGAGCAAGAGCACAAGUUUUUGGACGCGGCAGAGAAGCUGUUCUUCAGCGGUUGGCAACUAGGAUCCGAUCCUGAGAUUCAGGUACCAAACUUGGUGUCCAAUCACCUGACCUCCGGUCUGCUCAACUACAUAAAGACCACCGGCCGCUAUGCUUCUGGAAUUAACCUUUUCGAGAAGUUGCGCACACGAGAUCCCGAGAUCUCAUCAUUACUGGCUCGUGUCUACGUGUUGGCUGAUGAAGAAGUCAAGGCGAUCCAGUUACUGCGAGAAGCUGUUGAGGAGUUGCCCAUGGAUUAUUCGCUGCUGGACUGUCAAGCCGACUUCUGUAAUCGAAAAGGCAGAGCAGACUUGGCACUCGAGGUCGCGAAACGAGGGGUCAUCGCCGCUCCUAGCGAAUUCGGCACCUGGGCGAGACUGGCCGACAUCUACGUUGCAAUGGAACAAUGGGAUCUGGCGUUGCUGACGUUGAACUCUUGUCCCAUGUUCACAUACCAGGACAAAGACGCACCACGCCUGCCGGAGCCCUCGCGAGUGACAUUGCCUUUGGCACCCGAGACCAUCUGCGACGAGAUCGAUGAUGCCGGCGCCACACCUGACACAGACUCCAUCCAUCCCACUCUUCGCCGGCUGGCCGCGGGAAACUAUCGAGGGACCUUUCACAAAGCAUACAUGCUCCUCACCGAGAUUACACAGAAGAUCGGGUGGGAUCAACUGCUCAAGAUACGAAGUCAGGUCUUUGUGAUGGAAGAGGAGUACCGCAGUGAGAAGCAAGCGGGCACUGGCACUGGCACUGGCAGUAGGAAUGCCAGCACCGUCGCAUUAAGAGGAACUGAUACGCCACAGCCUAACGGCGACUCCGAAGACGCAGGUGAAGGCGAGAGCUCAGCCGCAAACGGCGUCUCCAGGCCAGCACAAUCCAUCACGCUGCAGCCCAGCGCAGAGGAAUCGCACGAACAAGUCCCUCCCGACCCAUCCCACACCGAAUACACCCAAUUCCAGCACAAACGCCUCUGCGAACGCUGGCUCGACAAUCUGUUCAUGGUGCUCUACGAAGACCUGCGCAUCUACACCAUCUGGCGCACGGAAAUGUCGCAGUCACGUCAGGAGCUGACGUAUCGCAAGACGCCGCAGGAGCUGGAGGUGCUGGGCGAGUUGGCGGAGCGGUUGCACCGGAAGGAAGAGGCGAUUGAGGCCUGGCAGGCGUGUCUGGGGAUGCGAUUCAGUCCGAAGGCCAUGCGGAGUGUUUUGGCCAUGUAUGAGAGGAGGGGCGACGUGAGAGGGAUUGUGGGAGCGCUCAUUCGACUCGUUGCGUGGCAGUUUAGGUGGUUCUCUGAGUUCUCUCCUGACCUGCUGUAUUCGAUUCGAAGGCUCAUUGAAGAAGAGGGCGCGGUCAAGAUUCGCAGUAUCAUCCAGGCGACGCCGUUGCCACAGCAUAUCUUGGACCUCACGCAUCAAUAUGCGGCGCUGUGCGCGACGUUCAGGAGUAAUGGAAGUGAUGGAUGA